CCCCCCGCCCGGCCGCCGCCGCCAUCGCCAUGGAGUCGAACCGGGACGAGGCGGAGCGGUGCAUCGGUAUUGCGCUGGCCGCCGCCAAGGCCAACCAGCCCGAUAAGGCCCGCCGCUUCCUGGAGAAGGCGCAGCGCUUGUACCCCUCUCAGCGGGUCCGCGUUCUGCUCGAGUCACUCAACAAGAACGAGCAGUCGGCCAAUGGCCAGUCCCAAUCCAGGGAGUCUACAAACCCUCAGUUCAGGAAAAUGAGCGGAGAUUUCCCGUCGGCCAACGGAGAGGCUGGAGGGGAGGCCCCCAAGGGCUACACUCAGGACCAGCUGGAUGCAGUGAAGAGGGUAAAGCAGUGCAAAGAUUACUAUGAAAUUCUGGGAGUGAACAGAGAAGCUUCCGAUGAGGAUCUGAAAAAGGCCUACAGGAAACUGGCGCUGAAGUUCCACCCGGACAAGAACCACGCGCCGGGGGCCACGGAGGCGUUCAAAGCCAUCGGGAACGCGUACGCGGUGCUGAGCAACCCGGAGAAGAGGAAGCAGUACGACCAGUUCGGAGACGAGAAGCUGAACCCCGCCCGGCACGGACACAGCCACGCGGACUUCCACCGCGGCUUCGAGGCUGACAUCUCCCCCGAGGACCUCUUCAACAUGUUCUUUGGGGGUGGUUUUCCUUCUAGUAACGUUCAUGUGUACAGCAAUGGCAGGAUGAGAUACACCUACCACCAGAGGCAGGACAGGCGGGAGCACCAGGGCGACGGUGGCCUGGGGCUGUUCGUCCAGCUGAUGCCCAUCCUCAUCCUGAUCAUUGUGUCUGCUCUCAGCCAGAUGAUGGUCUCCAGCCCACCCUACAGUUUGAGCUACAGGCUGUCUGUAGGUCACACACACAGGAGGGUCACAGAGCACUUGAAAGUCCCCUACUACGUGUCCGAGAACUUUGCCGAGGAAUACACGGGCACGAACCUGAAGAACGUGGAGCGGAGCGUGGAGGACGACUACAUAGCAAACCUUCGGAAUAACUGCUGGAAAGAGAAGCAGCAGAAGGAAGGCUUGUUGUACCGGGCACGCUACUUUGGGGACUCGGAUCUGUACCAUCGGGCACAGAAGAUGGGCACCCCCAGCUGUAGCAGACUGUCAGACGUCCAGGCCUCCCUGCACGAGCGUUGAAAUGCCUGAAGACUUUUGGGGAAGUGCUCUGAGCCGAGGUGACAGACUUUGCUAUUUAAAAAGAAUCAAACCUUACCUUAAAAAUGGAAUUGGAGAAUUAGCAACGCACAACUGCCCCUCGUUCUUCUCUCUGCCGCUCUCUGACGGUCACAGGCAGCGCUUGGGACAGGAAAUCCAGCUCUCCGUCUUCCUCCUCCCCUUCCAACACCACUGGUGUGCUCCCGGGGUCCCACAAGGAUCCCACAACCCCUGGAACAGACACACACAGUGUAAAAUAACCCAAACUAGCUGCAGAAGCCAUGAAGCAGGAGACCCUUCGCCACUGCCAACGGAGAGAGAAGUGGGACGAUUUGUUGAUGACAGAAGACACUACAGAAAAAGAAGAUAUAAUCUAUUUAGCAUUAAUUUAUAGCUGUAUAUAUGUUGCACUUUUAAACUAUGCAGGGGUUGGAUGAUUAAAUUAUUUUGGUUUCUGCCCAUCUUGAGGAGCAGGGGAGUGGGAAGCCUCUUCCCAGGGUGUCUUUGUCCGCAGCACUUUCCUGCCUGGACAACAGGAAUCCCUUUGCAGUUGCCGUGCUUCGCUCCCGGGAGGACGUUCUGCGGAUUGGGAUGGCCACACACCUGCUCUCGGGGUUUUGAUACAGCCAAAUCCCAAACGUGCAGGGGGUCACAGGGGACGGGGGGAGCCCGUGCGGAGCCGGGCGUGGAUUUGCAGCGUCGGCAGAAGCCGCGGGGUCAGCUGAGCGCCGGCGUCGCGCUCGGGACGGGAAGGAUUGUCCUGGAUGGAUUUUGCUCGUCAGUCUUUGGUUCAUUUGUGCUCGUAGCUCCUUUUUCUGCCGAGUCUGCUCGAAUUCUGCCUGGUAAUCAGCGCGCUCCGUGCGGAGAGGCCUUUCCAUCGGCCUCGCCCUUUGUGGGGGGUUCUGUGCGUGUCCCACGCCCGGGUUCCUCACCCACCCCCGGCGCUCCCGGGUGCAGCCUGGCCCUGGCCUUCGCACCCCACCUCGUGUUUCCCAGAGGACACCUGGAAAAUACCACAAAUCCAUCAGCAACGAAGCGUUCCAUUGCUUCUGUUGGAAGAAGUUCUGCUGGGGGAGAUCAGGGGGUGCCUGAUCUGCCCUCUGCCCCCGCCACCACGGGCAGCACCAGUGUGAGGCUGCUCUAGGUGAGGCUCCAUCUCUUGGAAGCAAAGCCACCUCCCAUGGAAUAAACUGGAUUAUUUAAAUUUUUUUUUUUUUUGCUGCUCUGUAGCUCAUUUGUGUCUAAGGACAUUUCCAGUGAAAACCAUCCCUUGGCACAGUCGGGGGAGUGAAUCAGGAGCAUGGCAGCUCCCAGGUGGGCUGGCAGAGGUGGUUUUAUCCCGUUGUCCUUAGGAAUCCAUGCGCUCUGUCUUUGGCUGUUUAUUUAUUUUGUGAAAUCUCAGCCUCCCGUUGGCUGCAAGCCCUGUUAUCCCACAGCCACCAUGGCUUGGACCUGAUUUUAAGGGGUUUUAUUCUUUUUUUUUUUUUUUUUUUUAAUGAUUCCUCCACCUUCAGAAGAAAUUGGGUGGAAGUUCAGGAUUGGAAAUGGCGCUCAAUGGAGGCACAGGGAUGAUGGGGACGGGGUCAAACCAAAAUCCUGCUCACAGAAGGAGCUGGAUGUGUUGCCCAGUGGCAUUCCCUGCCCGGAGCCUGCCCGCCGAAACCUUUGGGUUGUUUUUGCUGGUAGAUACCCACGGAUCAUAAGGAGGGAGAAGGCAUCAGUCCCAGUGGAUGCUCACAGAGGCUGUAUCUCUCGAUUUAGAGUUAAUUAUACAAUUGUACAUCUAUAAAUAAAUGUUUAUAAUGUGAAA